UGGCUGAGACACUUCCGCCCCUCACCAACAUGGCCGCGAGCUGGGACUGCGCAUGAGCAGUUGUCUAUGGAGAUAACCAGGUCGGGAGAGGGAGAACGCCGUCUGGGGAAAUCGGCGGCCGGAGCGGCUGUGGCCUGAUAGCACUGAAGCCUGUGAGUCAGGAAAUACAAAGACCUCCAAAAAAGGGCCAGUUCCUCGGAUGUGCUCCCUCACAGAGAGAUGAAGGGGCAGCAGAAAACAGCUGAAACAGAAGAGGGGACAGUGCAGAUUCAGGAAGGUGCAGUGGCUACUGGGGAAGACCCAACCAGUGUGGCUAUUGCCAGCAUCCAGUCAGCUGCCACCUUCCCCGAUCCCAACGUCAAGUACGUCUUCCGAACUGAGAAUGGGGGCCAGGUGAUGUACAGGGUGAUCCAGGUGUCUGAGGGGCAACUGGAUGGCCAGACUGAGGGCACCGGAGCCAUCAGUGGCUACCCUGCCACUCAGUCCAUGACCCAGGCAGUGAUCCAGGGUGCUUUCACCAGUGAGGAUGCAGUUGACACAGAGGGGACAGCUGCUGAGACACAUUAUACCUACUUCCCCAGUACUGCAGUGGGAGAUGGGGCAGGGGGUACCACUUCCGGGAGUACAGCUGCUGUCGUUACUACCCAGGGCUCAGAGGCACUACUGGGACAAUCCACCCCUCCUGGCACUGGUCAGUUCUUUGUGAUGAUGUCACCACAAGAAGUAUUGCAGGGAGGGAGCCAGCGUUCGAUUGCCCCCAGGACCCACCCUUAUUCCCCGAAGUCAGAAGCUCCAAGGACCACUCGGGAUGAGAAACGCAGGGCUCAGCAUAACGAAGUGGAGCGCCGUCGCCGAGACAAGAUCAACAACUGGAUUGUACAGCUGUCCAAGAUCAUCCCGGACUGCUCAAUGGAGAGCACCAAGUCUGGCCAGAGUAAAGGUGGAAUUCUAUCCAAAGCCUGUGAUUAUAUCCAGGAGCUUCGGCAGAGUAACCACCGGCUGUCUGAGGAGCUCCAGGGGCUGGAUCAGCUGCAGCUGGACAACGAUGUGCUUCGACAGCAGGUGGAAGAUCUUAAAAACAAGAACCUGCUGCUACGAGCUCAGUUGCGGCACCACGGAUUAGAGGUUGUCAUCAAGAAUGACAGCAACUAACUAUGAGGACUCGGGGGGCUUUGGGCCUGAGGACUGCAGAUCGCCCAGGAGCAGCAGGCUGAUCCCAUCCCCUUUCCUUCACUGCCCACUCCCGGCCUGGGACUGGGGCAAGUUCGGAAGUCGUGUCCGACCCGAGCCUCUGGUGUAGCGGCCUGCAGUGUGUGAAACACGCAGUGUGGAUGUGCACUGGCAGCCUCGCCCGCCCGCACCACGCAGCCCCCGGGCCCUUGUGCUUUUUCUUGCACAAUGCAUGUGCUGUCUCCAUGCCGGAUAUGGGACACACUAAACUGAGGGGCGUGCCCUGUGCUUGCUUAGAGUGCCCGACAGGGUCCGCUGACAGGGAAUGCCCUGGCUUGGCCCAGGACUCUGGCGCUUCCACUGGUUCUUCCCUUCCCUGGAGCUGAGGUUCAGGUGUGCACCUGGCUGCUGGGGAACAGGCUUAAUGAAGAAGAUGGGGCGGAUGCUUAGCAGCGUCUGCUGCUCCACGAAGAGGAGACUGGCCAGUGAGCAGCUGAGGCCUAUGCAGAAGUCUGAAGCCAGGGAGAACAGGCUGGGGCCCAAGUGGGGCCUUUCCCCUUGGGGGAGUGGUUCUUGAUUUUUUUUUUUUCCUUUCUUUCUGUCCCUCCCUUCUUCCCUCCUCUUCCUUUUUUUUCCUUCAAAGAUAAAAGUGUUCAGAGCCACAA